GAUAUUGUUGCAUAUCCGCCAAAGAAGUUGAAGAACGUUUUUGAGCCGCAUGGAUUCAAAUAUGAUGGUAACUACGACACGGACAAAAUUAAGGAAUUUCUUCUGCACGACACGGAUGGACUUGUUGGAGUACGGACCCAGGAUAACCUUGAUCAUUUCGACAGGCUUCCAAUGAUUGUAGUUUAUGCCAAAAUUGACUAUGAAUUGGAUCCAAAAGGUUCAAAUUAUUGGCGAAAUCGCGUACUGAAGGUUGCAAAAGAUUUCAAACGAAAGGCCUAUUUUGCGAUCAGUGACAGGCUACAUUUUUCACGAGUAAGUACACAAGCUAACAUCAACAAAUUUCCGAUCCGGAUCCCCCUAUAG